AUGCCUAAAGACAAACAAAAGAAACGAUUUACAUAUGUAGAGCCUACGCCGGAAGAAGUCACAUCACUACAAAAGAAGUCUGUUGUAGAAAAUACACAUCGGUCUACUUUGAAUUGGACAAGUCAGUUUGAAAAAUAUCGCAAAGAUACUAACCUUCCUGGUGAACUAUUUGAUAUUUCAAAUCCAAAGCAACUUGAAGAAGAGCUUUGUAAAUACUUUACCAUGUGUCAUAAAGCCAAUGGUGAUGACUAUUCUGUCACAUCCCUCCAAUCUGCAAUCAAUGCAUUUAAUCGAUACUUUAAUGGUGAAACAAGUAAAUUAAAACCAAUUGACUUAAAUAAUAAAAAAGCACACCCUGAUCUUUGGCCACAUCUUGGAGAAAAUUCGAUGAAGGCAUUCUUUAAACGAUUAGUAAUGUCAUGUGAUAUUGACAUUUCUGGUCGUAAGAUUACUAAUCAAACUGGGCACAAAACCUUAAUUCAAACUUUAAAAGCACUUGGAUUAUCUAAUUAUGAAACAAUGUCAAUUUCGCGUCAUAAAUCGCAAAAAGAAUUGGCAUCUUAUGAAUGUCCAAUUAAACAUGUACAAGAACUUGGAUAUCAAGCUUUAGAUAAGGCGAUUAAUUAUGAAACAAAUAGUUCUACUGCUCCAAAUACACAUAAAUUAUCAGGCUUCGUAUCGGCAUCAUCGUUGUAUCAAGAAUUUAAAAGUGAUAACCCAACGAUUAAGAAUUUUAAAAGCGAUGACCCAAUGAUUAAGAAUUUUAAAAGCGAUGACUCAAGAAUUGAGAAUUUUAAAAGUGAUGACCCAACGAUUGAGAAUUUUAAAAGCAAUGAUCCAACAAUUGAGAAUUUUAAAAGCGAUGACCUAACGAUUGAGAAUUUUAAAAGCGAUGAUCCAACAAUUGAGAAUUUUAAAAGCGAUAACCCAAUGAUUAAGAAUUUUAAAAGCGAUGACCCAACGAUUGAGAAUUUUAAAAGCGAUAACCCAAUGAUUGAGAAUUUUAAAAGCAGAGAACUACUUGAAUUACUAGUCCCG